CCGUUCAGUCACACUCAACAUUAUUGCCACCAAAAGUGUAAUUUCUUUUGUAAUUAUUCAAACAAGGCGCACAAAAACUCACCCAAACCAUCAUGGAGGUUAUGGAGGAGGGCAAUCUUAUGGACAGGAUUCCGAUUCUGCUCCAGCGUGAUUUGCAGUACUACGAGGCCAACCAGAAAGUGCUGCAGGAGGACAUCUGUGCCGGGGUGGUUGGUGGGAAGCUGGACUUUCCCCGUUCGGCGUCGUUCGCAUCGGUGAAGAUCGUCAUUUGGUUGGAGGAUGAGUACUACGCGGCCUAUCGUAAAAACUCCGGCUUGCUGCAUCUGGCCGAUGCGCUGCAGGAUCACCAGACGAAAGAGCCGGAGGAGGCAGCCGGUUGCGGCGGGAUCGUGAAGUCGUCCGAUCCAGAAAAGUUUGUCAUCCUCGUGUCCAAGUCGGUGGACAAUUUGUUAGAGCACAUUCAUACUCUGUCGCAGGAAGCGCUCGAUCAUGCUGAUCUCACCGUACUUACCGCAACGAUCGGCGCUGCUGCGCUGGUCAAAAACAGCCUCUUCGUGUGGUUGCAGUGCGUCACGAAGAACGUGUGCCCGCCCAAGGGUGACGAGAAGGGUGGCUCGCUCAAGCUCAGCUACAAGCAGUACUCCGAGAUGACGGAAGCGCUUGCCGAACGCUUACUAGAUCUGCACUGUCGCCUGCUCACUCUGUACAUCAUCCAGGACGCGGACUGUCUGCACUGGGAAAGCCCCCAUCCGUUCUUCGAGUCCGAGCGCGGCUCCUACACCAUCCAGAUGUGGUGGCUGUACAUGCAGGGCACCAAGCAGGACCUGUGGAACUCGGUGCCGCCCACCAUGGCCCAGCGCGUGUUUGCCGGCAUGCUGAACGAAACGCUCACCGUGCUGACCGUGCGCUACACGCAAACGGUGCCGAGCCGGGCCCGCUCGCCGCUGCUUCUGGUGGACGUGUCCAAUGUGCUGCUGUGCGUGUGCGAACUGCUGCCCGCGAUCUGCGCCAACGGGGAAGCGUUCGUGGGGCUGAAUCUGCCCAGCCAGAGCAAAAUCAUCCGCGACAUACACGCCAAGUGUCAGGAGCUGUUCUGCUGCCUGCUGCUGCGUGGCAUCCCGCUCGGCGCCCUGUACAAGAUAGCGAAGAAGGGUGUGCAGGGCGGGAUUGCGAUGUUCGGCCAGCGGCAGGGACUGAUCGUACCGUGGACGAUCUUCACCAUGCCGCGGCUGUUUCCGCCCAACCUGAACGCACACUGGGCGGCCCGGUGCUCCGAGCUGCCGACCAGUACCGCGCUCACGCUCGAGCUGAAGGUGCUGCUAGCGGCGCCGCAGGCGAACUGGUGGCUGCUGCUGAAGGUCUUGCUGAUGCGGGAGGCGCACCUGUCGUCGCUGAUCUUUCACCAUCUGAUACGCAACCUGCCGUCGUGCGAUAAUUUCAUCCCCAGUGCAAGGCAACCGUCCGUCAAUCGGGACUGUCUGUCGAAGAAGUGCGAAGGGUUCCUGUGCGGGCUGGAGUGCAACGACAUCGUGCAGUGGGCACUGGAACAGAAUGAUCCGAUCGGUCAGUCCAACUACCAGGUCCUGAUGGGGCUCACGUACAUCGUCAUCAUGGCGGGCAAGACGUCCGACAUCAACAAGACGCUCAUCUCCGCCCUGGAGAAGAGCAAAAUGAACGAUUGGGCCUCCUGUCUGGACCGGCGGCAGGUGUGGAACCAGAAGCGACCCCCGUGGCUCGAAGCCAUCCUCCAUCUGAUCUACCCGAUCCUUGGCCCGGUGGUGCACAUGCUCGUCUCGGCCGUCCAAACGACGGCCAGCAUGUACCAGGCCAUGUCGCUGUCGCUGUCCUGCUUCUCCGAGAUGUGGGACUGCAUCCCGGACUGCUUCUACACCGUCACCAACUGUCUGGCGGAGAUUCUGCCCGCCGAAAUACGUCCGCUCGGUGACUCGGUGCUCAUCCAGCUGCUCUACAUCGCCCUCUACUCCAAGCUGCUGGAGGUGGCGGAAACCGAGGCCGAAGCGGAAGCGAAAGAGCAAGCCGCCAGCGGCACGGGCCCAACCGAAGCGAGCCCACCCGUCGCUCCCGUCUCGACGAUCAACAUGAAACCGAAGUCGGUCAUCUGCCAAACGCUGGCCGAAGCGAUCUGCUUCAUCGACGAGGACAACAAGCACACCGAGCAGAUCAACUCGCUCAUCAGCCAGGCGCGGGAAAGCCAGCGCUCGAUGGGCGUGCUGGAGAGCGAGAUUGACGAUGCGGUCGGGCUGGCCAGCUUCGCGAGCACGUCGCGCGUCGACGACGUGGAAGCGUUCCUGCGGCAAACGACCCCGAGCGUCCGGUCGGAGGAGGAGUUCGAUGUGGAGAACGCGGAGUACAUCGCGGAGAUGCUGGUGAGCGACGUGCUGGUGACGAGCGUCGGCAAGCUGAGCAUGAAGAUGCUGUACCAGUACAUCCGGAAGAACUUUGACUGGAUCCUGCAGCAGCUCGGUGUGAGCGAUGUCGAGCAGAACCCACUGCAGCCGAGCCCGGGCCAGAGCAUACGCGAGCAGCAGCAGACGCUGAUCGAUCUGAUGUUUCACAUCGGCCAUCGGUCGUUCGAUCAGCUGCUGAGCGGCGGGCUGGACAUCGAUUACACCAAGUGGUUCCAGACGCCCAUGUCGAUGAGCGUGGAGAAGGCGUGGCUGCAGGUGUGCCAGCGCUGGGAGUUCCAGGAAGGUGCGAAGCUGUCCGUGCACGAGGCGCUCAUGGUGUCCUUCAUCACCACGCAGCUGAAGCCUUAAUGGAGAGGGUGAGUAAUAGGGGAGGAGCUCCAAAUAGUGUUCUAGUGGGUAGGAGAAAACGAAACCAGUACAUAAAGCUCACCGUAUGGCGUGAGUUAGGUUGAAAUUCUGUUUCUGUGUUCAAUAAAAUUCUUCAAUAACCUAAAA